CCUGGGGGCAGAAUCGAAAGUGAUCGCUUGGCGGGGCGGGGACGGUGCACCGGGCUGCGGGGAAGACAGGAUCGCGGAGGACUCCUCCUCAUGAGCGAACAGCCCCAGACCGCCGGCUGAACCCGUGAGCCUCAGACGCCACUCCACAGAGCCAGGCCAGAGAUGGCGUCCCCGGGGUCUGGCCCACCACCCAGCAGCUCGGCGGCCGCCAAGGAGCUGUCCCUGGCCAGGCUGUGCGCCCAACUGGACCUGUGUCUGGGCUGCUCCCAGUGCACUCAGCGGCUCAACGAGAGCACCUACCUCCUGCGCAGGGUAGAGCACAGCUGUCGCCACGAGAUCCUGCUGGCCCGCUUCAAGCGAGCCACCAAGAAGCACGUCUGGCGCAAGGUGGACCGCCGGCCCAGCUUCCCGCGGCCUGCCCGCUACGAAGUGUGCCGCUACUACAGCCCGGGGCUGGGCUGCCGGCGCCACCACCACCAGUGCACGUUUGCCCGGAGCCCGGAGGAGGCGCUGGUCUGGACCUUCGAGCGCGAGCACGACGUCCGGCGUCUGUGGCUCAAGUGCCAGGUGCAGGGCAGCGGGGCCCAGGGCGACCCGCGCAGCCCGGCCGACGCCAUCCGUGCCGAGUACGGCGGCCGCUUCCAGCUGCUCUGUGCCCACUGCUUCCAAGGCUGCCCGCCACGCCUCUGCCCCGUGGACCCCCAGGGGCGGUGCCCCCAGCACGGAGCCUGCCCUUCACUCCUGACCCACGUGAGCACCGAGGGCCGCCGCAGGCAGCAGGUGGUGGAGGUGCGGCCGCAGCCCCAGUACGGCCAGCCCCUGGCCUACUGCAGGUUCGUGGGGCGCGGGCGGCCCUGCCGGCACGGGGCGGCCCGCUGCCAGUACGCACACAGCGCCGUGGAGAUGGCCGUGUGGGAGGCAGAGCAGCUGGACGGGCUCCAGAGGCGGGACCUGCUCUCGAUCCCCGGCCCCGGCGGGGAGGAGCACACGGCUCCCCACCGCCAGCCCCCCGGAGCCAAGCUGUACUGCCGCGCCUGCCUGGUCACCUGCUGCUCCCAGGAGGCCUUUGAGAACCACUGCUCAUCAAUGGAGCAUGCGUGGAUGGUGGCCUUGGACCCGGCCGUGCCCUGGAAACACCGCAGCCCGCCUGCCGGGCUCUCCGAGUUUGAGCUCUGCCCAAAAUCCGGCCUCUGUGAGUACGGGGACAUCUGCACCAAGGCGCAUUCAGACCAGGAGCUGCAGGAGUGGAUCCAGCGGGCACGGAACGUGGAGCUGCGGGAGCAGGCCGCGUGGCAGGAGGGGCUGGUGCCUUACCAGGCGCGGCUGCUAGCCGAGUACCAGCACAGCAGCAGUGAGGUCCUCGUGCUGGCCGGGACCGUGGACGGCGUGUUCAUCACCUGCAGCCAGCCCUUGGUGCACUGGGCCCACGAGAAGAAAACGCAGCACAGCUGGAUGUUCGACGUCUGCUCUGAGGAGCCCCUGCUGCACGUGGCGCUGCUCAAGCAGGAGCUGGGAGCAGACUUCUCGCUGGUGGCGCCCUGCCUCCCGCCGGGCCGGCUCUACGCACGGGGCGAGCGCUUCCGCGUGCCGGCGGCCUCGCCGGCCAGGUUCCAGGUGGAGGUGCGCGUGCAGAGCACCUCCUUCGGCUCCUUCGAGCAGUGGGUGGUCUUCGACUUUGGCCGCAGGCCGGCGCUGCUGCGGAAGCUGGUGCUGCAGCUGGGCCAGGCGCAGGGCCCGGGGCUCCGGGGGGAGCCGGCAGGCGGCCGCCCCGAGGAGCUGCGGCGCUGGCACGGCGGCAGCCGCCACGUGGUCCCUGGCGUGGAGCGGACCGCCGAGCAGGUGGCCCUGCUGGCCAAGUACAAGGUGCCUGACCUGGCCCUCGACUUCAGCCCCGGCGGCCUGGCCCCAGGUCCCAUCUCCUGCACCAACUACCGGCAGAGGAUGCACCAGUUUCUCUACGAGGAGGAAGCCGUUCGGCAAGAGCUGGUGGCCAAGCUGAACUUCCGGGGCCCGGUGCCCCUGAGGACAGUACUGGAGACGCCGGCCCUGGGCAUGGUCUUCCCGCCGCCGGGGGCCCUCUACGCCGAGGUGCCCACGCCCUCCCCUCUGACGCCAGACACAGACCAGGGCUUUCUGCUGAGCCGGGCGGUCCGCACCGCCUUGGUGGCCCCCGUGCCCGCCCCUGACGACACGGUGUUCGAAGCGCGGCUGGAGGCCCAGGCCGGCUCGGAGAGGGCGCUGUGGCUGCUGCUGCCGGCCCGCUGCUGCGCGGCCCUGGGACUGCAGCCCCACACCAGCCCCGUCCUGGAGGUGCAGUUCCAGGUCGACCCGCUGACCUUCCGCUUCUGGCACCAGGCGGUGGACGCGCUGCCUGAGGAGCGCCUGGUGGUGCCCCACCUGCCGGCCUGUGAGCUGCCGCGCCCCCUGCCCACCCUGCCCGUGCUGCGCGGCAACCAGAAGCAGAAGUUGGCGGUGGCGUUCAUUGCGGGCAGCAGCCCCAGGGGCGAGCGGCCCGUCGCCCCGCUGCUGCUCUACGGCCCUUUCGGCACCGGCAAGACCUACACGCUGGCCGUGGCCUCCCUGGAGGUCAUCCGGCAGCCGCACACCAAGGUGCUCAUCUGCACGCACACCAACAGUGCGGCCGACAUCUACAUCGAGGAGCAUUUCCAUGGCCACGUCAGCAGCGGCCACCCUGAGGCCACCCCGCUGCGGGUGAUGUACACGGACCGCCCGCCCAGCCAGACGGACGCGGCCACGCUGCGGUACUGCUGCCUGACGGAGGACGGCCGGGCCUUCCGCCUCCCAACGCGGGCGGAGCUGGAGAGGCACCGCAUCGUCAUCACCACCACCUCCCAGGCCCGCGAGCUCAGGGUGCCUGCCGGCUUCUUCUCGCACAUCCUCAUCGACGAGGCCGCCCAGAUGCUGGAGUGCGAGGCCCUCACCCCGCUGCGCUACGCCACGCCCCGCACCCGCGUGGUGCUGGCCGGCGACCACAUGCAGGUCGCGCCCAAGCUCUUCAGCGUGGCCCCGGGCCAGGCGGCCGGGCACACGCUGCUGUACCGCCUCUUCCAGCACUACCAGCAGGAGGCGCACGAGGUGGCCCGGCGCAGCCGCGUCAUCUUCCACCAGAACUAUCGCAGCACCGAGGCCAUCCUCAGCUUCGUCUCGCGUCACUUCUACGUGGCCAAGGGCAGCCCCAUCCACGCCAGUGGCAAGGUUCCUCGCCACCCCCAGCACUACCCGCUCGCGUUCUGCCACGUGGCGGGCAACCCUGAGCGUGACGCGUCAAGGACGUCCUGGCUCAACACAGCCGAGAUUGCCCAGGUCAUCGCCAAGGUGCAGGAGAUCUAUGCCUCCUGGCCCCACUGCUGGGGCCGCCGGGAGCAGAGGCACAUCUGUGUGGUGUCCCACGGCGCCCAGGUAAGCCCCGGCCACCGGGACAGCCCCCCUUCCCCACUCCCGUCAGAGCAGCUCAGAGGAGGGGGGGGUCCCUGUGUGGUCUCGGGGACCCGCGCGCCCCCGCCCCGGUGGGCCUUCUCAGCCUCUGCGAGGGUGGCCGUGGACUUAAUCUUCCAGACACCAUGUGAUUGGUGCCAGGGCCGGGCGGCUCGAGGGCACCAGGGUGCGGGGGCCAGUGUCCCACCCUUGCGGGGACCCUCACUGCACACAGAGCGCUCACCCGGGCCUGCUGCUCCGGCCGUGUGUCUCCAGGUGAGCGCACUAAGGCAGGAACUGAGGAAGAGGGACUUGGGCCAGGUGUCCGUGGGCAGCUUCGAAGUCCUGCCAGGGCGCGAGUUCCGGGUGGUGGUGCUGAGCACCGUGCACAGCCCGCACAGCCUGCGGAGCCCCGAGGCCCCUGCCCUGGGCUUCUUCACGGACGCCCGCGUGCUCAACACCGUCAUGACCCGCGCCCAGUCCCAGCUGGUGGCUGUGGGUGACGCCGUGGCCCUCUGCUCCUUCGGGGCCUGCAGCAAGUUGUGGAAGAGCUUCAUCUGUGAGUGUGUGAAGCAUCGCAGCGUCUGCCCCGAGGGCCUGUCGCUGGGGCACAUCGAGCAGGCCGUGGUCCACAGGCGGCACUGGGCCCUCGGAGCAGAGCCAAUGCUGGCAGCUGUGGCGCAGGGCACUGUCCCCCAGGAGGGGGCAGCCGAGGGCCCAGCUACAGCGCGCACAGCCGUGGAAAAGGUGGAGCCCGGGGCGGUGGCCCAAGGCGGUACCUUCCUGCCCGGGACCACGGCGGCGGGAGACACGGCCACACAGGCGGCAGAGGCUGGGGAUACAGCGUCGGGGUCUGCGGCCGGGGGGCGCCCGGCAGCGGGGGACACGGAGGUGGAGGACACGACAUCAGCAGAGAGCUCAGCGAGGGGCGACGUGGCCCCCGGGGAUGCGGGAGCAGGGCUGAUGGCCACGGAAGGCAGGGACCCCGAGGACCCUGAGGACUCCGAGUCCGACUUCUGGCCUGACAGCGAGCUCAACGCCGAUGACUCCAUCCUGCAGGAGCUCCUGGAUGAAGGCCGGAACGUGAUGGUGACCGUCCGGGAAGAUGGGCUUCUGGACACCGUGGCCGGGUCCGAGUCCCCGCACCAGGCCUGGGGGUACACGAACCUGCCACGGGCCAAGCUGCGGAAGCUUCUCCGCUCGCAGCCCGAGCGGUACCGCCACUGUGCCUUCGUGCAGGAGACCUUUGAGCGGGCGACGGCCGUCCCGCUGGACGGCGUGGACCCCGGCCCCAUCCAGGUCAGGGGCCGCUUGUGCUGUGGGAUGGCCUUCAGCGGGGACGAGGUGCUGGUGGAGGUCCUGGGCGGAGACAGAGGCACCUCGGGGAGGCUGCAGGGCCGUGUGGUGGGGGUGCUGAAGAGGAAGCACCGGGAGCUGGUGUUCGUGUGCCGCAUGGACGAGUGGGACCCCCGCAUCAUGACCCCCAUCGACGGCUCCGUGACGAAGAUCUUCGUGGCCGAGCUGAAAGACCCCCUGCGGGUGCCCAUCCACCGCGUCCUGCAGGGCCGCGUGCAGCGCGUGGGGCACGAGCGGCUCACCGCCGAGGCGCGGGGCAGCCGGCUCUUCCGCGUGCGCAUCGUCCUGUGGCGGCAGCGUUUCUAUUACCCGCUGGGCAUCGUCCUGGAGGUGCUGCCCGAGGCCAGCACCUGGGAGCGGGGCCUCCGCGUCCUGGACCUGGAGCACGGCCUGGGGGAGCCCUCGCCAGAGCCGGCCUCCACCUGCAGGGCCUCGAAGAAGCACCGGGCACCCGGCCGCCGGGAGGACUGCCGCGGCUUCCUGACCUUCACCGUGGACCCCCAAGGCGCCCGCUACCUGGAUGACGCCCUCAGCGUCCGAGAUCUGGGCCCCAGGUACGAAGUGGCCGUGCACAUCGCUGACGUGGCCAGCUCUGUCCCCAGGGACGGGGCUCUGGACGUGGAGGCCCGCAGGCGGGGCACCGCAUUCUAUGCCCCCGACCGGGAGCCGGUGCCCAUGCUGCCCGACAGCCUCUGCCAGGAUGUGCUCAGCCUCCUGCCGGGCCAGGACCGCUUGGCCAUCUCCCUCUUCCUCACCGUUGAGAAGGGCAGCGACCAGCUCAAAAGCCUGCGCUUCGCGCCCUCCGUGAUCCGCUCCGACCGCCAGCUGUCGUACGAGGAGGCCGAGCUCGCGAUCAAGAGGCACCCGGGGGCGGGCCGGGAGCUGCCGGCCCAGCUGGACUCCGUGGACGCCUGCGUCGCGGCCGCGUGCCACUUGUCCCGGGUGCUGCGCCGGCACCGCCUGCAGACGGACUCCCACUACGAGCAGCCGACCGAGGACUGCGCGCUGGGCUUCCGUGCGGCCCACGUCAUGGUCAAAGAGUACAUGAUCCAGUUCAACAGCCUGGUGGCCGAGCUCCUGGUGAGCAGCGAGCGCACGCGGACGGUCACGCCGCUGCGCUGGCAGCCCGCGCCCAGCGACCGCCAGCUCGCGGCGCUGCGCGAGAAGCACGGGCAGCUGGUGCCCCUGUCGCUGCACCUCCGCCACCACCUGGGGGGCUGCGGCCCCCCCCCGCCGCGGCUCUACCUCCUGGCCUCCCUGUGGAGGCACGUCCAGCUCGCAGCCCGCGCCCACGACGGUGACCGCCUGGCGGACCUCGUCACCACGGACGACGUGCACCCGCCUCUGGCGCCCGUGGGCCUCGACCUCCGCAAGGCCCUGGGCCGCUCCGUGUUCGGCCGCUCCCGCGAGGGCGGACGGCCGGUGGCCGGCCACUACGCGCUGCAGGUGGACUGCUACACGUGGGCCACCUCCCCCAUCCGCAGGUACCUGGACGUGGUGCUGCAGCGGCUGAUCCUGCUGGCGCUGGGCCACGGCGGCUCCGCCUACUCCGCCCGGGACAUCGGCGGGCUGUGCCACGAGUUCAGCUACCAGCACGGGCGCGCCCAGAGCUACCAGCGCCGGGCCCGGAGCCUGCACCUGGCGGUACAGCUCAAGACCCAGUCGCGCAGCAAGCUGGGCUUCGUGGUGGACCUGGAGGCGGGCGCCCGCUGCUUCAAGCUGCUCUUCCCGGCCAACCGCGAGACCCUGCCCGACCCCUGCCCUAUCUUCUACCGCGCCCUGCAGCUGGCCGAGCACCCCUGCUGCCUGGCGAGGCGGCCGGGCCUGCGGCUUUCGUGGCGGCGCCGCGUCUACUCGGUGCAGGAGGGCAGGCCGUGCUCCCCGCCGCCCGGCGCCCUGCUGGACCCGCACACCCGGCCCGUGGACGCCGACCUGUGGCAACGGCUGCUGCGGCUGGUGGAGGAGCAGCGGUGGCCCCAGGCGGCCGCCCUGGUGCAGGAGCGAGGUGCGGCGGACCCCCAGCGGCGGGAGCUGGGGCGGGUGCGGCGGAGCCACUGUGGCCACUUUGUGGAGGUGGCCCGGGAGCUGGGCGUGGGGGACACGCUGCAGGUGCAGCUCAGCGCCACCCUGCAGCGCGGGUUCCUGGCACCGACCCUGCAGCUGUGGACUGUGGCCCCUGGCCUCACCCUCUGCCUGGAGCACGUGGAGAGGCCAGGCGACUGCUUCUCGGGCCAGAUGCCCCAGGCGGGGCGGGACCGGUGUUCGGACGUGGGCGAGCACUGCCACGUGUGGGGGCCCUUCUGCUCCCUGGAGGCGGCCACCAGCGCCGUCUCGGAGAAUGACUCAGUCACGCUGCAGCACGUGCGCAUAUCCUGGGAGCGCACGGCGCAGGGGCGGCUGCGGGGCGCCUUCUGCCUGGAAACCUCCUUCCUCAGCGAGCACUGUACCGACCUCAGCUUCAGGCACUGCUACCUGUGCAUCCGGCUCGAGGGGCUGCCGGCUGGGGCCGGUGCUGGACCCGGCCAGCCUCCCCCGGCCGCCCCGUCCUCCAGCCCCAGCAGCCUCGGGCCCUUCCUGAGCAUCGACCCCGACACGUACACGUGGGUGGCCCACGGGCUGACAGAAGACUGGGACCUGAGAGAGAGCCAGGCGGACCGGCAGGAGAUCCCCAAGCAGGUGCACUUCUCCAUCCAGCACAUGGCCAUGGAGAAGGUUCCAGAAGAGGUGCUGAGGCCUGGCACCCCAUUCACCGUCGAGGUGCUGCCCAAGCAGCUUCCUGACAUCCGCAAGGAAGAAGCCGUGUGUGGGCUGAAGGACGCGUCCCCGCUGGUCAUCAGCAUUGCCCUGGGCCAGCCCAUCCCUCCGCACUGCCAGCAGACCCUCUGCCGGGGGACCUACGGCAGGCUCCUGGAGAAACAGACGUUCGACCUCCCCGGAGGCCGCCACACGCUGAACCCCAGCCAGAAUGGGGCCAUCAGGGAGGCUCUGAAGAAGCAGUUCACUGUGAUCCAGGGCCCUCCAGGCGCAGGGAAGACGGUGGUGGGCUUCCACAUUGUGUUCUGGUUUCACAAGUCAAACGAGCAGCAGGUGGGGGCCUGUGCCCCCCCCAGUGAGGAGAAGCAGCCGGGGGGCCCCUGCAUCUUGUACUGCGGCCCCUCUAACAAGUCGGUGGACGUCCUGGCAGGACUGCUCCUGAGCAGGAGAACGGAGCUGAAGCCCCUUCGAGUGUACAGUGAGCAGGCGGAGGCUGCGGACUUCCCGAUGCCGGGUGUGGGCGGCAGGGGUCUGCCCAAGAAGAGCCCUCGGGAGGGCAGUCCCAACCAGACGCUCAGGAGCAUCACCCUGCACCACAGGAUCCGGCAGGCUUCCAACCCCUAUGCACCAGACAUCAGGGCGCUUGACGCCCGGCUGCAGAAAGGGGAGAUCUUUUCCAAGGAGGAUCUCAGCUGGUACAGGAAUGUCCUGGGGAAGGCACGGAAGUUCGAGCUGGACCGGCACACAGUCAUCCUGUGCACGUGCUCAUGCGCGGCCCUGGCCAGCCUCAAGAAGCUCAACGUCCGGCAGAUCCUUAUCGAUGAGGCCGGCAUGGCCACAGAGCCUGAGACCCUCAUCCCGCUGGUGAAGUUCUCGAAGGCUGAGAAGGUGGUUCUUCUCGGGGACCACAAGCAGCUGCGGCCUGUGGUCAAGAACGAGCAGCUGCAAAAUCUGGGGCUGGACCGGUCUCUCUUCGAGAGGUACCACACGGAGGCCUACAUGUUGGACAUACAGUACCGCAUGCACAAGGGCAUCUGUACCUUCCCGUCCCUGGAGUUCUACAAUGGGAAGCUGAAGACCUGGCAGGGCCUGAGGCGGCCACCCAGUGUCCUCGGCCACGUUGACAAGGAGAGCUGCCCUGUCAUUUUUGGCCACGUGCAAGGCCAUGAACAGAGCCUACUGGUGUCCACAGAUGAAGGGAAUGAAAACUCCAAGGCCAACCUGGAGGAGGUAACAGAGGUGGUCCGCAUUGCCAAACAGAUGACCCUGGGCAGGACAGUGGACCCCAAGGACAUCGCAGUUCUCACUCCCUACAACGCUCAGGCUGCGGAGAUCAGCAAGAGUCUCCUGCGGGAGGGUGUCGCUGGAGUGACUGUGUGCUCCAUCUCCAAGAGCCAGGGAAGCGAGUGGCGCUACGUGCUGGUGAGCACGGUCCGCACGUGCCAGGAAAGUGACCUGGACCAGCGGCCGACUAAGAGCUGGCUUAAGAAGUUCCUGGGCUUUGUUGUGGACCCCAACCAAGUGAACGUGGCCAUCACCCGGGCCCAAGAGGGGCUCUGCCUCAUCGGAGACCACCGCCUCCUGCGUUGUUGCCCUCUCUGGCGUAGAUUCCUGGACUUCUGCGAGGCCCAGCAGAGCCUUGUGCCCGCCAACCAGGUGCGAGUUCGGAAGAGGCCAGCCGUGUCUCCCUGAAGAGCCCUCUCCACCUGCCCACCGCUCUCAAGCUGCCAGGACUUGGAGGAAAAGACCGUGCCCUCUUCUGAGGGCUCCCUAGUCAGGCACCACUCAGGAGCAUCCCGUGUGCCUUCGGUGGGCACUGUGGCCACCCCGCCUAUUGGACUGGGUUUCUGAGGCCAACUUCUGAGCAAUAAUCUCCUUCUGGAGUCUUGGCCUCUCCCCAGGGCAGAGAGCAGGCCAGGCCCCACCAUACCGAUGUGCUGUGCGCCUGCACUGGGGAGGAAGAAUCCCUCUCUCCCUGCUGAGUCUUUCGUCUGGAAAUCUGGUGACAGGGGACGUCUCAGGGGUCAGGGGCUCGGGGAGGUCCUCUGGACCUUGUGGUGUUACUAGGAAGGCUUGGGGUCAGAAGGAAAUCCUGCUGGGGCUACUUUUUGGUCUUUGAACACCAUCCCUGAGACACUGGGCGCUGGCUGUGGAGCUCAGCGUUUCCUUUUUUCCCUUUCUCACUUCCUUCUUUCUUUUCUUCCUUCCUUCCUUUCCUUUCUUUCUUUCCUUUCUUCUUUUUCUUUUCUUUUCUUUCUUUCUUUCUUUUCCUUCUUUCCUUCCUUCCAUCCUUCCUUUCCUUCUUUCUCUCCCUCUCUCUUUCUUUAAAGUAAGCUCCAUGCCUAAUGUGGGGCUUGAACUCAUGACCCUGAGAGUAAGAGUUGCCUGUUCUACCGAGUCAGCCAGGUGCCCCUAUUUUCUAUUUUUAAAUAAACCAAAACCCAGUGUCUUUAUUACUGGAACAAGGUCCUUCGCCCAAACGUAGGGCCAAGAGGCCUCCCUGGAAGAGAGGGCCUUUACUCUGUCAUCACUGCCCCCCCUGACUGGGGCCCACAGCCCUGUGUCCUCUCAGGAGGAAGGGCAGAGCAGCACCAGAUGCCCGCACAGCCCCGCCUAUACCGGGCGGCACCCCUGUGGUGUGUGGGUGGGGGCUGGGACUGAGCGCCCCCUGGAUGGGCAGCCUUGUGCCUUCACCCUGAGCUUUCCUCCCCUUUACAACCUCAAUCCUGCUCCUGGUUCAGGGCCUUCAGGACAACCUGUGCUGCAAGUCUGUCUUUGCAAGGUUGAGGACCUUCACCUGCCUCUCAGGGUGUAUUUAUAUCCUGCUUUUUCUGGAAACCUCUUGCCUCAAUAUCAGCCCUCACCUCAGGCCACCCCAGACCCCAGCACCCCCCCACCACUUCCACGGUCCCCACGGCCUGAGGGUUUGCUGCAAACAAGCCGCUUACUCUAGGAGGGGUGUGCCCUCUCUGUGGCCUUACUGAACCCUCUGCUGGUGGGGGAGGGGCGGGGGGGGGAGGAUGUGUCUAUGCGUUCCGCGCUUUCUACAAAUCCAAUGUCUACAUUCCAAUUUUUAUAUCUUUUCUUUGGCUCUGUGUUAUAUGAUUGAAUAAUAAUUUUAUUACAAAGACCACUCUGAAAGUUC